AUGGUGCAAUCUCAAAUAAUCAAGCCGUAUUUGAGAACAAUGCGAUCAUUUGAUUUGGACAGCGACAACAACGUGGAAAUCAAGCCGCACCGGGAGACCUGUUUACAGGAGACGCUGCCGACACGCAACACCGGCCGCCGGCCAGGGAGCAACAAAUUGGUGCACAAGUUAGUAGUUAGAAAAUACUUAUUACUAUACAUAGUAUGGACGCGUUUAAGAUCUAUUGGAUUAGGAAUGGGGCAUAUUUAAUAUCAACAACCUAUAACCAUGUACUAUGGUCUGUGCAAGUCCAACAAUAAUUUGUCUCCAUUUCUUCAAUUUUUAACAUAUUUUCAGACAGCGGCCCCUCAUAACUUGAAUGGCCCAACAUUUUCGCAGCCUAUCGAGAUUUACUCAGUAACUCGAAUUUAUAUAAAGUAAAUCCACCUAUAGUAGACAGUAGUAUAAAAUGAUAUGUAAAUUCGUUUUUAUUGUUACAAAAUAAUUAGGCGGGAUCCAAAUUGGACAAUUAGUCGUUGUAUUGCUUAUUGCUGCUGUAGAAUCAUUUUUUUAAAGUAACAGAUUCAAUUUUUUUUAUCAGUUUUUUAAACAAUAUAGGUACUAAAUUGAUUUAAAUUGUAAAAGAUCAAAAUUAAAAAUUAAUUUUUUUUCUAUACUAUUUCAAUAAAAAUAUUAUUUUCUUGUAUUUUCCCGUUUUUUCAAAUUAUUAUGAAAACUGCUUGGAAAAUCAAAAAACGACUUUCUAGAUCAUCAACUAGAUUAAAAAUUCAACUAAAAAGGUCUCUUGUAGAUUUUCUAUUGAAGUAAUAUCUUUUGAACAAAACAUAAGCCGUACAAAUUUUAAAUUAUUAAAUUGUUGCUCCGUAAUUUGAAAAUUAUCGUAUUUUUCAUCCUUUAGGUCUUUCCCAAUUAUGAAAAAUAUUUUGGAUACCUAAUCUUUGACAGUGGCUAUAUAUUUUAAACGGAACAAAAUCGAUUUCUAGUUCUUUUUCAUUCGGAGCAAUAUUUCUGGUAGAAAAUAUUGUGUUUACAAAUUUAAAAUAAUAAUAAAAUCGUUAACGCCGCGGUGCGCCGUAAAUAUUUGACGUUUUACCUAAAAUUUGCUUUCGAGGUUUUCUCAAUAAUUUUGAAAUCUCUUAGAAAAUCAAAAAAUGACCUUUGCAACGCAUCAACUAAACAAAAUUACCUUUCAGAAAAAGUGCUAUGCUUUAAAUAUCGGAGUAAGAUUUCUGGUAGUUAAGUUAGGUAUUGACUAAAUUGUUUUACAACUUUUAAAUAAUAUCGUGUUAGUAGUGAUAGUACCAUUAUAUAUCUAUUCUGUAAUAGUACCUAUCAAAUAUCAACUAGGUAGGUACCAGAAUAAUAUGAUAUUUAAAUAAAUAACUAAAAUAAUAUUACGAAUAGGUACCUCUAUUAGGUACCUAUUAAUAAGUACUUAUUAUCUUGUCAUGUCGAAAAUGUUCAGCAGACAUUCGAUUUACAACUAUUUCCUCACAGUUAGCAUUUCUUACUGCUAAUUCUCCAAGCUAAACAAUUAGGUUUUAGUGCCUUAAAAAUAAGAUAUUGUAGGAAUUAUUUUUGCAUUAUUAGUCCAUUCUUAUAUACUACACUUAGAGUGUAUUCAUUAUUCAAAUUUAUUUGUUGAUUUAAAAUUGUUUUAAUAGGAAAUAGAUAGGUACACGGGAGAUUGUAAAAAUUUGAAUAUUUCAUGCCACAUUAUUUUGGCUGUAAAUUAUUAUAGAAUAAAUAAAAAUGUAUUAUCAAGAUUUAAAUAAUAAUGCCAAAUAUAAACAUCGGUAGCGCUAAAACCAGUUUGGCUGCUGUGACUAUGAUAACAAAGGAAACGUUUCGCGAGCCGACACCCGUCAACCAUGUCGAUAUCAAUCUAGUGGUUAUGCCGGUUAUGGGGAUCAAGUUGACCGGGGAACUAAGUGAUACGUCACUAUGCCCCGACUACAAUGCUUGUACAAUCUCCUUGGUUUGGUGA